AUGGACGUGUCACUGAGGAAACUUUGGCUUGUUGCUCUGGGCUUCCUUGUGGACUCCAAACAGGCAAAGGUAAAAAAGCUUCGUGUUUGCAGUGCGCACUUCAGCGACGACGACUAUGUUUCUUCAUGCCCAGGACUGAGGAAGAAACGGGUUUUGAAGAAAGCUGCUGUCCCUGCACCCCAGGUAUCAGAGACUACCAGUUCACCAGCAAUGGAGUCUGUUGGUUUCCGGAGGGGCCUGGAUCGUCUGCUGGACUCUGGAGUUAGUAUUGAUGUUGUUACUACUGACCGGGCUCCAUCAAUACGGAAGAUCAUGAGGGAGUCCUAUCCUGAGCUCAGACAUCAAUUUGACCCAUGGCAUGUUGCAAAAGGUGUGAAGAAGAAGGCCACUGCAGCUGCAAGGAAGAAAGAAAACCGGGACCUGCAGCCAUGGAUCAAGUCUCUGGGCAAUCACUUCUGGUGGUCGUGCAGCUCUUGUGGUGGCGAAGAGAAGGAGUUGAGACAGCGGUGGACCUCUGUCCUGUAUCAUGUGUGUGGUAUCCACCGCUGGGAAGAAGAUGGGCAAGAGUACAGAUGUUUCCAUGACGACCUCAGCGAUGAGCAACAAAAAAGGAAGAAAUGGCUGAAGAAGGGGAGUGCUGCCUGGAACGCGCUCAAGGGUGCUGUACUCGACAAAAACCUCUUGAGAGACCUAAGUCAAAUGACUUUGUUCAAGCAUACAGGGGACCUUGAAGUGUUCCACAGCUCUAUGCUGAAGUACGCAGAGAAGAGGCACCACUUCACAUAUGUCACAAUGCAGGCAAGGCUCCAACUCAGUGUUAUUGACCACAACCUCAAUGUUGGCCGUCAGCAUGACCGUACUCAGUCUGGAAAAGAAAAGUACAAUGUUAUUCACUCCAAACAAUCUAACCAGUGGAUUGUAAGGAAGCUGUAUGAGCCAACAACUCAGGAUUUCCGCAAAGAAUUGGUGGAACAGGUCAUUCAGCGGCGACUUGACAAGAAUGUCAGACUUGGAGAUCCAGCGUUCCACAUCCAUCCUCCAGUCACAAUACCAGCCAACAUUGCUCCCACUCCAAAGCCAAACAAGGAUGAUUUGGUUACAGAACAUGUGUCACGCUUUCCAAAAAAACGAUAA